AACGUUGUUGUUAUACUGGAAAGAACUCCACUGACAGAAGAUCUGGUGGACGAUAUAAUGUCACCUGCAACAGAUUAUUCAAUUGAAAUGAAGAAUGAUAUCUACACCUCACUUCGAUUGUUUCCCAAAGUUUCAGCUGGAGCUUUGAAGUCGACAGUCAUCCAUCCAGCCACAGAGAAGCAUAUAAACAAAUACAAACAGCAUGCAGUGUUCUGUGUCAGGGAGACAGCAUCUGAUUAUAACAACAUCACUCUUCCAUACAUCACUUCAUCCUCUUUCAGCUUGCAGUGGCUGUAUAAUCUCCUGGCCAAGAAAGCUGAGGUGGAUAGAAUUGUGUAUGAAGAUGACGAUCAAGUUAACGGCUUCAUGUUGGUGCCAGAUUUGAAAUGGGACUGCAAGCAGACGUCCAACCUCUACCUGUGCGCCGUCAUUCACAGGCGAGACAUCAAGUCCAUCAGAGACUUGAGGGGAGAGCACGUCCAACUUCUCGAAAACAUCAGAGAUAAGGGAAAGCAAGCUAUCAGGGAGAAGUACCAAUUCAAUGUUCACAAACUGCGGAUCUACUUCCACUACCAGCCGUCCUAUUACCACCUCCAUGUUCACUUUGCAAAUGUUUCCUAUAAUUCGCCCAGCUGCACCCUUGGAAAAGCUCAUGCCAUCGAUGAUGUAAUUGAUAAUUUAAAAAUGGAUUCAGAUUAUUACUCGAAAUGCUCUCUGACAUACAUAUUGAAAGAAAAUGACCCUUUACUGGAGAAGUUCAAAGAAGCUGGCAGGUGUUUCGAUUGA